UUAAUUCGUUCUUCGCUCUCACAAUCCUUUGCUCGAAUUUCUCUCAUUUCUGAUUCUUCGAAGAAAAUUUUCUCCCUUUUUUCUCUUCGAAGAAUUCAAGAUUGUUUUGCUUUCUUCGUUCCUCUGUAAAUUUCGAUUUUGGUGUUUUCUCGUGGUUUUUUCUUCAGUGGUUCAAUCUUCGCAGAACAGCGCCGCUCGAGAAAUAUCUUUGUUUAUUGUUUUUGCCUCGGGGGAUAUAAAUGCGCGAAACCCUAAUACAUCUUUCGUGUCGCGCCGACUUGAGAGGCAGAUAACCUGGUUUAUUUGCUUGGCUGGGCUUUUCUGAGAAUUUAAUUGACCACAUUUCGAAAAAUCGACUUUGACAGUUACUAUGCCAGAAAAGCCAAAUACGAAUGGGGCAUCAGCAAAUGCUAAUGCUUCAAGUGGAAAUGCAUAUGCCAUUGAUGUUAAUACUUUUAGCAAGCGGUUGGAGGCUUUGUACGCACACUGGCGCAAACACAAAGAUGAGUUUUGGGGUUCUGCUGAUGUCCUUGCUGUGGCAACACCUCCACCUUCAGAGGAUUUGCGCUACCUGAAGUCUUCUGCUUUGAAUAUCUGGUUGCUUGGCUAUGAAUUUCCAGAGACAAUUAUGGUUUUUGGAGACAAGCAUAUUCAUUUUCUCUGCAGCCCAAAGAAGGCUGAGUUGCUCAAGGUUGUCAUAAAGCCUGCUAAAUCUACAGUAAAUGCUGAUGUUGUCAUGCAUGUGAAAGCGAAAGGUGAGAGUGGAAGCUCCCAAAUGGAUUCUUUGUUGGCAUCUAUCCGUUCCUUAUCAAAUCAUACUCCAGCAGUUGGGCACAUAGCUAGGGAAGAUCCUGAAGGUAAACUGCUGCAGAUAUGGUCUAAUAAGUUGAAGGAAUCUGGUCUCAAACUGAGUGACAUAUCAGUUGGUUUGUCUGAGCUUUUCGCAGUUAAGGACAUGAAUGAGAUUAAGUGCAUAAAGAAAGCAGCAUAUUUGACUGCUUGCACAAUGAAGAAUUUUGUGGUUCCUAAAGUUGAAAAGGUGAUUGAUGAGGAGAAGAAAGUCUCACAUGCUGCACUGAUGGAUGACACAGAAAAGGCUAUACUCGAACCUUUGAAGAUUGGUGUUAGCCUGAAGGCUGAGAAUGUAGAUAUCUGUUAUCCUCCCAUCUUUCAGAGUGGUGGGAAUUUUGAUCUGAGGCCUAGUGCUUCAAGCAAUGACGACUUUCUGUACUAUGAUUCAAACAGUAUCAUUGUUUGUGCCAUUGGCUCGCGCUACAACAGUUAUUGCUCCAAUGUGGCAAGAACAUACCUUAUAGAUUCACAUUCAGUCCAGAGCAAGGCCUAUGAAGUUCUUCUUAGCGCUCAGGAGGCAGCUAUUAAUGCAAUAAAGCCUGGGAACAAGGUUAGUGCUGUUUAUGUUGCUGCACUUGCUGUUGUAGAGAGGGAUGCUCCUGAACUAGUCGCCAAUCUGACAAAAUCUGCUGGGACUGGCAUUGGUCUGGAGUUCCGUGAAUCAAGAUUAAACCUUAAUGCAAAGAAUGAAAAAGUAAUCAAAGUAGGAAUGGUGUUUAAUGUUUCACUUGGGUUCCAGAACCUUCAAGCAAAGACAAAGAACCCAAAGAGUCAGAAAUUUUCACUGUUACUGGCUGAUACAGUUAUUGUGACAGAAACUGGCCGAACUAAUGCGACAGCAGCUUGUUCGAAGGCUCUUAAAGAUGUGGCCUAUUCAUUCAACGAAGGUGAUGAGGAGGAAGUGCCACCGAAGUCUAAGCCAGAGGUGGUGAAGGAGUCUGUGUACACUAAAGCAACUCUUAGAUCAGACAAUGGCGAACUUUCAAAAGAAGAACUCCGCAGGCAGCACCAGGCAGAACUUGCCCGACAGAAGAAUGAAGAAACUGCACGACGUCUUGCUGGUGUUGGAACUGGUAGUGGAGACGGCCGGGCUGCUGUUAAGGCAGCUAAUGAGCUCGUUGCAUAUAAGAAUGUUAAUGAUCUACCUGCUCCUAAGGACAUGAUGAUUCAAGUUGACCAGAAGAACGAAGCCAUUCUCCUCCCUAUAUAUGGCUGCAUGGUUCCGUUCCAUGUUUCCACUGUUAAGACUGUUUCGAGUCAGCAGGAUACAAAUAGGAAUUGUUAUGUGCGGAUCAUCUUUAAUGUGCCCGGCACACCUUUCACUCCUCAUGAUGCCAAUUCAUUGAAGAACCAUGGGGCUAUUUACUUGAAGGAGGUUUCGUUCCGAUCCAAGGACCCAAGACACAUUAGCGAAGUGGUGCAGCUUAUUAAAACGCUUAGGCGUAAUGUCAUGGCUAGGGAGUCUGAAAGAGCUGAGAGGGCUACUCUGGUUACCCAGGAGAAACUCGUGCUUGCAGGAAACAAAUUUAAGCCCAUACGGCUGCACGAUUUGUGGAUACGGCCUACUUUUGGAGGGCGCGCAAGAAAACUGUCUGGUACACUAGAAGCGCACGCCAAUGGGUUCCGGUAUUCAACCUCGAGGGCAGAUGAGAAGGUAGACAUCAUGUUUGGUAAUGUAAAACAUGCUUUUUUCCAGCCGGCUGAGAAAGAGAUGAUUACACUUGUCCACUUUCAUCUGCACAAUCACAUCAUGGUCGGAAACAAGAAAACCAAGGAUGUCCAAUUCUAUGUCGAGGUGAUGGAGAUGGUCCAAGCAAUCGGGGGCGGAAAGAGAUCUGCAUAUGAUCCUGAUGAGAUCGAGGAGGAGCAGAGGGAGAGGGAUCGGAAAAACAAAAUAAACAUGGAAUUCCAGCAGUUUGUGAAUAGGGUGAACGAUCUCUGGGGCCAUUCUCAGUUCAAAGGCCUUGACCUGGAGUUCGACCAGCCGUUGAGAGAGCUUGGCUUCCAUGGGGUACCGUACAAAGCCUCGUCGUUUAUAAUUCCGACUUCCAGCUGUUUGGUCGAGCUGGUGGAGACUCCAUUCCUUGUGAUUACCCUCAGCGAGAUUGAGAUUGUGAAUUUGGAAAGGGUUGGUCUUGGGCAGAAGAACUUCGACAUGGCCAUUGUCUUCAAGGACUUCAAGCGCGACGUAAUGCGAAUCGAUUCCAUCCCGUCUUCGUCGCUCGAUGGCAUCAAGGAAUGGCUCGACACGACGGACAUCAAAUAUUACGAAAGCAGGCUGAAUCUCAACUGGCGUCCUAUACUGAAAACCAUCACCGAUGACCCACAGAAGUUCGUAGAUGAUGGUGGCUGGGAGUUUCUGAACCUGGAAGCCACGGACUCGGAUUCUGAUAACUCGGAAGAGUCGGACCAAGGUUACGAGCCCACAGAUGUGGAGCCGGAGUCAGACUCGGAAGAUGAGGACUCGGACAGCGAGUCUCUGGUGGACUCGGAAGACGACGAGGAUGAAGAAGAUUCGGAAGUGGAGUCGGAAGAGGAGAAAGGUAAAACAUGGGAAGAGCUGGAGCGAGAAGCUAGUAAUGCUGACAGGGAGAAAGGGGAUGAGUCGGACAGCGAAGACGAGAGGCGGCGGCGGAAAGUGAAGGCGAUGGGGAAAUCGAGAGCCGGGCCUAGCGGCGGCGCAGCCACCAAGCGGCCCAAGUUCAGGUAGACGUAGAUGCCUGCCCUGCCUAGUUGUUUUGUUCCUAUUUGUUAAAACUAGACUAAGAUUACAUACUUAGUAGUAAGUUUUAAAUGAGGACAACAGGUUACAUGAAUGGAAUGGAUGACUCAAGACUGACUAGUGACUAGCAAGCCCUAUCUCUUUCUUUCUUUUGUGAUUUUAGAUUUGUAAAUUAGUGGGACCAGUUUUAUUGUGAUGAAGAAGGAUAGAAACUCUUCUAGUUUUGGUGACUAUGUCUCUGUCUCUGUCUCUGUCUAUGUCUAUGAUGAUAACAUUUGUUUGUUUGUU